GGUUUGAUUGGUGCUAAUAAUCUAGCCUUUCUGUUCUUCAUCUCAACUCAAAUGAUCUUUACUCCUCAUAUGAUGAGGUCAUUUAUUGGAUUGUCAUCACUCAAAGCUGAUUAUGCCUAAGAUCCUGAACAAGAUAUCCAGAGUUACUGAUUUAUUUUUGAGAAUCCUCUACUUUCAUCUUCCUCAUGGAUGAACUUCAGGAUGUUCAACUCACAGAGAUCAAACCACUUCUAAAUGAUAAGAAUGGUACACGAAACUUCCAGGACUUUGACUGUCAGGAACAUGAUAUAGAAACUCCUCAUGGUAUGGUCCACGUCACUAUAAGAGGCCUACCGAAGGGAAACAGACCAGUUAUUCUGACAUAUCAUGACAUUGGCCUCAAUCAUAAAUCCUGCUUCAAUGCGUUCUUUAACUUUGAAGACAUGCAAGAGAUCACUCAGCACUUUGCUGUCUGUCAUGUGGAUGCCCCAGGCCAACAGGAAGGUGCACCCUCUUUCCCAACAGGGUACCAGUACCCCACAAUGGAUGAGCUAGCUGAAAUGCUUCCUCCUGUUCUUACUCACUUAAGUGUGAAAAGCAUCAUUGGGAUUGGAGUUGGAGCUGGAGCUUACAUCCUCAGCAAAUUUGCACUCAAUUAUCCAGAGCUUGUGGAAGGCCUUGUGCUCAUUAACGUUGACCCUUGUGCGAAAGGCUGGAUUGACUGGGCAGCUUCCAAACUCUCAGGCUUGACAACCAAUGUUGUGGACAUUAUUUUGGCUCAUCACUUUGGGCAGGAAGAGUUGCAGGCCAACCUGGACCUGAUUCAAACCUACAGACUCCAUAUUGCCCAAGAUAUCAACCAAGAAAACCUACAGCUCUUCCUGUGUUCUUAUAACGGACGCAGAGAUCUGGAGAUUGAAAGACCCAUGCUGGGCCAAAAUGAUAACAAAUCAAAGACUUUAAAGUGUUCCACUUUAUUGGUGGUAGGGGACAGUUCACCCGCAGUUGAGGCUGUGGUUGAAUGCAAUUCUCGCCUGAAUCCUAUAAAUACAACUUUGCUAAAGAUGGCAGACUGUGGUGGACUGCCCCAAGUAGUUCAGCCUGGGAAGCUCACUGAGGCCUUCAAGUACUUUUUGCAGGGAAUGGGAUACAUCCCGUAUGUGCAGCUCAGUCACCUGAGCACCGAGUCAGUACCAUCUGCCAGCAUGACCCGGCUCGUCCGAUCACGAACCCACUCAACCUCAAGUAGUAUCGGCUCUGGAGAAAGUGCCUUCAGCCGAUCUGUCACCAGCAAUCAGUCAGAUGGAACUCAAGAAUCCUCUGAGUCCCCUGAUGUUCUGGACAGACACCAGACCAUGGAGGUGUCCUGCUAAGCAGAUGAUCCUCCCCUGGACCAUGCAAGUCCAUCCUCCUCAAACGACCACUCCACAAUAUAACAUUUCAUCCAGCAAACCGGCAUCUAUCUUUACUCCUGCAUGACCACUGACUCUUUCUCUCUGGUACCCUGGAUUUAUCAUUCUCUGCCUGCCCACGCCCCUUUUUGUAUGUACCAGGAACCACUUCCAUGCCAUUUCUAUAACAUUCCAACGUCCUUAUCUGAUCAAAUCUCCAUAUCUUCUCUUGCCAGCUUUUCUCCAUGCUUUCCCAACUACAUAUCUGAUAAGAUUCUUUAAUCCUGACGUAUGUGUGUGAGCACGCGUGUCUGUGUUUGUGUGUGCGUAGAUCUGUGGUUUUAGACAUGCUUUCUUGUAGAGCUUCUGCAAAACAAAAAAAACAAAAAACAAAAAAGGGACUUUUUUUGCAUUUUCAAUGGUGUUUUUAGGGGAAAUACACAGAACAGCUUUCUAGAUGGCGUAGGUUACUACAUACUCUUUUGGUUCCAAAUUGGUCAACAAGAUUUGCAAGGUGACUUCUGAAGAGAGCAGCUCUGAGGAAUGUGGAAGAUCAUAAUCACUGUUUGGACUCUUGACUGAUUGUGACCAAUAGAAGGGAGCCUAUUACAUAGAGAAGCAGGCAGGGUGCCCAGCGACCUUCUCCUGUCCACGUGAAUUUUCAUACACUAUUCUAUAAGUAAAGGGAGGGAUAUGUACUGUUAGAAGCCCAUGAAUAAUGAGGUUCUGGUGCAACAGGGAGUAGUUCCCAGGGAGUGGGCGUGGCUUAAUUAUUGGACUCUAUUAGAACAGGAAGGCUGAAAACAAAAUGCCAGGCAUUCACUCUGCUGGAGCGAAACUGUCUGAUACUACUACCAAACAUCUGCAAGAAAUGCCUCCAGGUCUGUGACGGAGAGAUGGAGAAACACUCUCCAUCCUCCAAAAAAGGAGAGGUAUGGCCUGAAAAUUAUGUAGGUGGUGAGGAAAUGGCAGUGGGAAGAGGAACUGGCAUUAACAUAAUAUCCUAUUUAAUAAAUAUAGCCUUUUUUGCAGCAAAUUUAAUGGAAGCUAAGUGAAGUUGAGAUAGGACUCAUUUCUCAGGAAGAUUCUUAAUUCUGUGAACUCUUUUGUAGGAGGGAAGGGGUCAGUCUGUAAGGGCAGCCUGUCCAGGUAACACUGUGUUCAGUCAACUACUGUGUGAGUAUCGCUGGGUGGAGGGUGAAACCAGCUGCCACACAGCCAGGGCCCAGCUAUUGAGAGCAUUGAGAUGAAAACACAGGGCGACACAAUUCCAAAUCUUAGGAAGGGGCUUUCUCGUCGUAGUAUUCGCUUUCUGCCAAGAUAGGGAAUGCGCCACUCUGCCGGAGGACGCCUUUUUACAGAUUAUUAAAUAAAGCUGUAUAUGUCUCUUGUUACCCAA